ACGAACACGUGGCUGCCGCGGACCCAGAACAGCAAUGGCGGCGGGUGGUGGCGAUAGCUGCGACCCUCUGGCCCCUGCGGGGGUCCCCUGCGCCUUCUCCCCUGGCAGACAGGCCUACUUCGCUUUGGCCUCUACCGACGGUCACCUGAGAGUGUGGGAGACAGCCAACAACCGACUGCAUCAGGAGUACGUGCCUUCCGCGCACCUCAGCGGUACCUGCACCUGCCUGGCCUGGGCGCCAGCGCGGCUGCAGGCCAAGGAAAGUCACCAGAGGAAAAAAAGGAAAUCAGAAGCUGUAGGAACGAGUGACCAGAUUGACUUGCUGGCUCUUGGUACAGCAGUUGGUAGCAUUUUGUUGUACAGUACAGUAAAAGGAGAAUUACAUAGUAAAUUAAUAAGUGGUGGACAUGACAACAGAAUCAAUUGUGUACAGUGGCAUGAAGACAGUGGCUGCUUAUAUAGUUGUUCAGAUGAUAAAUAUAUUGUGGAAUGGAACGUACAGACAUGCAAAGUAAAGUGCAAAUGGAAAGGUGACAAUAGCAGCGUCACUUCCCUGUGUAUCAGCCCAGAUGGAAAAAUGUUGCUUUCAGCUGGUCGAACAAUCAAACUAUGGGUUUUGGAGACCAAAGAAGUCUACAGACACUUCACAGGACAUGCGACACCAGUUUCAUCACUUAUGUUCACUACUAUCAGACCUCCUAAUGAGAGCCAGCCCUUUGAUGGAAUUACAGGUCUUUAUUUCUUAUCUGGAGCAGUGCAUGACCGGUUACUUAAUGUCUGGCAGGUCCGGUCAGAAAACAAAGAAAAAAGUGCAGUGAUGUCUUUUACGGUCACUGAUGAACCUGUCUAUAUUGACUUGACUUUGUCAGAAAAUAAAGAGGAGCCUGUCAAGUUAGCUGUUGUUUGCAGAGAUGGUCAGGUCCAUCUUUUUGAACACRUAUUAAAUGGACACUGCAAAAAGCCUUUGACUUCAAACUGUACAAUUCAGAUAACAACACCUGGGAAAGGCAAGAAAUCAACACCAAAACCCAUCCCUAUUCUAGCAGCUGGCUUUUGCCCAGACAAAAUGUCAUUGUUGCUUGUAUAUGGCAAUUGGUUUCAGCCUACUAUUGAGCGAGUGGCUUUAAACUCCAAAGAAACUCAUAUGUGUUUAGUAAGAGAUAUUUCAAACUGCUGGGCCCCAAAAGUAGAAACAGCCAUAACAAAGGUGAGAACACCAGUGAUGAAUUCUGAAGCAAAAGUUCUGGUGCCUGGGAUUCCUGGGCAUCAUGCUGCUAUCAGGCCUCCUCCACCAGCCAAGGAAGUAGAGACCAAGAGGAAAUUAGGAGGAAAUGAGGUUAGCAUUGAAGAACGUCUGGGAGCAAUGGAUAUAGAUACAAAAGAAGAAAAAGAUGACCUUUUGCAGACGAAUAGCUUUCCAGUUCUUCUCACACAGGGUUUAGAAAGUAAUGAUUUCGAAAUGCUAAAUAAAGUACUCCAAACUAGGAAUUUAAACCUGAUAAAGAAGACUGUGUUAAGGAUACCCUUGCAUGCUGUUAUUCCAUUGUUGCAAGAGCUUACAAAGAGGUUGCAAGGACAUCCUAAUAGUGCUGUUUUAAUGGUUCAGUGGUUGAAAUGUGUGUUAACGGUUCAUGCAUCAUACCUAUCCACAUUGCCUGAUCUGGUACACCAGCUGGGGACACUGUAUCAGCUAAUGGAAAGCAGAGUCAAAACUUUUCAGAAACUUUCACAUCUUCAUGGAAAGCUUAUCCUUCUAAUCACACAGGUUACAGCGUCAGAGAAAACGAAGGGAAUGACUUCCCCUGGACAGAAGGCAAAGUUGGUGUAUGAAGAAGAAUCUUCUGAAGAGGAGUCUGAUGAUGAAGUAGCAGAUAAGGAUUCUGAUGAUGACUGGGAUGAAGAUGAUGAACAGAAAGAAAGUGAAAAAGAUGAGGACAUUGAUGAAGAGAAUGAGGAGGAAGAUGAAGAUGCUGAAGAAAAAGAAGAAAAUGGUGAGGACAGAGAUGGGUCAAGUGAAAAAGAAUUAAAUGGAGAUUCUGAUUUAGAUCCUGAAAAUGAAAGUGAAGAGGAGUGAAGACAGAAGAGCAAGCCAGUCAGACUGUGAACCCUGACUCACCUUGCCCACUGCUGCGGAGUCCUCCUAGGGAGGGUUGUCCCCGUGCCAGGACGCCAAGGACCGCUGCACAUUUCCACAUUCACAGCGGCGAUUCCCAUGCCACCUUGCUGUCCUGAGUGCCCCAGACUUUUAACUGUGUAAAUAAGAGUGUUUCAUUCAAAUGUUAAUAAACUUUACACAGUAAAUAGACACAUUUUCUGCAAUGUACUGACAUGAGUGUCCAAUAUAUGGUAUAUUUUUAUAAUAUAAUAUCUUAAUAUGAUUGGUUAUGUCAGGAAUUGACUUAAGUGAAGACAGACAUAUCCCACAGGGUUUCAGAAACUGGACGCUUGUGAAUGAGUCAGCUCUUCUCUCAGGUUGGUAUCCUUCAUCAAAUCCAUAUGUGAAGCAGCACAGUGAAAAGUUUUUAAUUUGGUACAUUUUAAUAAAAUAUGAAGGAAUAACUAAAAACUGGAGUUAAGAAUUAUUGUGAUUAAAAAACAGAAACAAAACCCCUAUUUACCAGUAUCCCUAGCUUGUGUAUUAACUGUGGUUAUCUGACUCAAGUCCAACUGAAGUUUUGGAGUGCUUCCUCAAAACAACCACUUAUUUUUUAAGCUGUCAUGUGAAAUAUKUUUUUAAAACAAAACAGAAAAUUAUGAUAAUUAAAAAACUAAAGGUUUAGCCAUAUUGAAAAAUUUUCUUGGCUGCAGAUUGCCUGUACAAAAAUAAUCAGUGUAUAUAGAUUUAGAAGUGCUCAUUACCCGUAACUUUUUAAAAAAUUCACUCAUAGCUGCUUUUAAAGAGGUUUUCAUUUUUAUUUAAAUUACUAAUGAAUCAAAGAACUAUUGUUUAUUUUUUUCUCUUUGGUUUUAGAUAUUAAUGAUAACCUUGUUGGAAUUUUUUUCCAAAGAAAAUAUUUUUAUAAUUCAGUAAAUUUAAUGUUUUUUGUCCUUUUUCAUUGCCAACUUGGCAGUGUUAGGGUAUCUUUAUCUUUAAAACAAUAAAUUCAACUCAAAGAUUUUUUAUGUAUUAAUAAGUAUUUUGGUGCGCUACAAAAGCUUUUUCAGAUUAUUAGGAAUUUGCUUUGUUUUGUUUUUAAAGAAUGAGCCAGUAUUUAGGAAGGGCUGGGCAGAUGGAUUUAUCUUUUCCCACCUGUGAAUAUGUAAAACAAAUAAUUAUCUCUUGAGGGACUUUUUAACAUCUGUGGCAGAACAGAGGUUUCUGUGCUCRGCUCUCAGAGCUGGAACCCUUAGCACCUCUUGGGAACACAGUUUGAGCUGCUGGUAUGAUAUAUAGUGGUAUGUGUUUAUCAAUGGCAAUUUAAUACCAUUUCUUUGUAAAGUGAAUAAAUACUCAUCUUUA